AGGUAUGCAAUUUUUUCUUCCCAUUUAAAAUUCUAGGCCAGUGAAUUGUCCCCCUUUUGUUGCUUAGAAAACUCCAGAGAGAGGGUGAGGUAGCUUAAUGAUUUUUUUCCACAAAUGUUCCCAGAACCUGUUUUAAAUACACUAGAAACUGGAACGCCUUUAGUCUGCUUUCAGGUGGAUACUUCAAGAGUAUGAUUUUUGUGUCUUCUCCUCAGACUCUCAGAGGUAUGCACAUGAUAGGAAAACUGCAUUUUUGGCUUGUGUGUGCCUGUGGGUGAGAGGAAUGGUUGAUUCUCUUUGGCUCAGAGACCUAUGAAGAAGGCACAAGUAUGUAUGAACCAUCCUGAGCUUGGCACCCUCAUACUGUCAUCUGCUUCAGUGCUAAAACCAGCAUAGUUGAUUUUGGUGUUACAGUCAGAUGUGGCAGCUCCCAUCCAUUAUGGGAAAGCAUGAGAAGUUUCACUUCUACCCGUGCCACUUUCUAAAAUUUUCCCAUCACCCAGAGAAGCAGGGGUGGGUGUUUCCAGUAGUUGCUCUCCUGUUUUGUUCCUAACUAGCUCUGUGUUUCCUUCUUUUAUAUAUCUCAAACUCCUAUGCAGAGUGAAAGGUGGAAUAAAGAAUGUGCACAAGAGAGCUGAUAGAUUUAUCAAUGGUGUCUAUCAAUGUAGCAUGUACUGUAGUGAGAGGUUUAACACCAAUUUUUCUUGAUUAGUGUGGCUAUGAAAUGACCAGAGAGGUACCAUUUGCUGAGAACACAGAAAUCACUGAUGUUUUCAAAAAUACAAUUGCACAGUCAGGCCCUUAAUAAUUACAGAAACAUUCUUCCAGCUGAGCUGUCUUCCCUGAAAUGUGCAGAGGACCCGGGCAUGAUUGCAACACAGUCCUAGAAAUAUCUUGCCACGCAGUUUUCAAUCCUUCUUAAACCUGGUUCCUAGAGUUCAAAUUUUUUUGAUAUCAGCAUCUUCUCUGGACACUUGUCUAAGUUUCAAGGGGUUUUUUGGCCCCUUUAUGACAAGAUGUCCAGAACAAAACAUUACAUUUUCUCUCCAGCGGGGUGGAGAGAGAAGCUGGAGGUACUUCAUCCCCUUAUGGUACAAUGCCUCUUUGUAAGCCUAGCAGUGCUUUAUUAUUUUCCCCUGCUAUGUUGUGUCACUAAUUUUUGUCUUAACAUGCUAUUUUCCCAAAACUCCUAAGACUGCUGUUUGCUGUGUGUCCUUGUGCACUGAAUUCUUGUGGUUUGACUUGUUUUUCUCAGGUAUGCUGUUCUGCAUGUUUCCCCAGCUGAAUUCACUCUUCGUGUUUGCCUCUUCCUUUGGUUUGUCUGCAACAGUGGAGGCCAGCAGCGAUUAAGUAAGGAUUAGUAACCAAACAGAAGCUGAAGAGAAGAGUACUGAAGUGCCACUGUUUGAACAAGAACUAUAGGAAACUGGUUUUUGAAGCUUGGCUGCAGAGUGGUGCACGUAUCUCCAAUUUUUGUGCUCACCUUUCACAGGCACAUGCAGAAGGCGGAGAUGAAGAACUUGUUCCUUCUGCUCAUGCUAACAGUAGUGCCACCUUCUGUAUUUUCAGGCCACCGUAUGAAACGGCAGGUUGAUGUCUGGGGGAGCUGGGGUGAAUGGAGCAAGUGCAGUCGGAGCUGUGGCGGUGGAGUCAGCUUUCGGCAGCGGCACUGCUAUUCCCAAAGGACAGAAGGUCCUUCCAGUUGUGCUGGCCCGACACGAAGCUAUCGGUCAUGUAAUGUUCAGAGCUGCCCGGAAGGCUCCCGGGAUUUUCGGGCAGAGCAGUGUGCUGAGUUUGAUGGGACAGAAUUCCAAGGAAAGAAGUACAAGUGGCUUCCGUAUUAUGGAGCACCCAAUAAGUGUGAGUUAAACUGUAUUCCCAAGGGAGAGAACUUCUACUACAGGCACAAGGAAACUGUGGUUGAUGGGACUACCUGUGAACCUGGCAAACGGGACAUCUGUGUAGAGGGAGUUUGUCAGGCUGUUGGCUGUGAUAAUAUGCUGGAAUCUGACAAGAAGGAGGACAAGUGCCUGCAGUGUGGAGGAGAUGGCAGCACCUGCUAUGGUGUGAAGGGCACUUUUGAUGUGACCAGCCUCCCCAAAGGUUACAAUCAAAUCUUUAUCAUCCCUAUGGGAGCCACAAGCAUCCAAGUUAAGGAGGUUAUGCCCAGCAGGAACUUUCUAGCUGUUAAGAACGUGCGAGGGGAGUAUUACCUGAACGGGCACUGGACAAUCGACUUCAGCCGGGCGCUGCAGGUGGCCAGCACGGUUCUGCACUACGACCGGGGCUUGGAGGGUGAUCUGGCCCCAGAGCUCCUCCAUGCCCGUGGUCCCACCACAGAACCCCUCGUCAUUGAGCUCAUCAGCCAGGAGCCAAACACGGGGGUACAGUACGAGUAUUACCUGCCCCUGCAAGGACAGGCCACGAGUUACAGCUGGAGCUACAGUUCCUGGAGUGAAUGCAGCUCUGAAUGUGGAGGAGGUUUCCAAUCCCGGCUGGUGUUUUGUACCAUAGACAAUGAAAUUUAUCCGGACUAUAUGUGCAGGAAUAAACCACAACCAGACAAUAACCGGACAUGUGGUCAUCAGGCUUGUCCCCAGACAAAACGGACUUCUUACGUCUAUCUGCCGCAAGCCUGGAGUCAGAGUGGAGCACGGAGCUCUCAGAUGAAGAGGUGGAAAACAGGAGAGUGGGGAUCCUGCUCAGCUACCUGUGGUGGGGGCACCCAGACUCGCUCCGUUUACUGCGUGGCCUUCGACGGCCAGAGCUCGCAAGGGGUGGUGGAUAGUGCUGAGUGCAUGGCCUUCGCCCAGCAGCCUCGCAGCAGCCAGCCCUGCAAUGUGAGACAGUGUGCCACCUGGAGCACGGGGCCCUGGUCAGAGUGUUCAGCCAGCUGCGGGGAAGGAGUCCAGACCCGGACCAUCACCUGCAAGACACAGCAGGGCUCUCAGGCUCAGGACUUUGCCUGUCUAAUGGAGCCAAAGCCAUCAGCCACCCAGCCCUGCCUUAGGGAGAACUGCAUCCAGGAAAUUGGCUGGCACGUUGGAGACUGGGGUCUGUGUUCCAAGAGCUGCGAUUCAGGCAUCCGGACACGCCAAGUCAUCUGUGCUGACGGUGACUCCAAAUUCUACAGUCCUGAGAUAUGCAAAGCCAUCCAGCCAGAGAAACCAGCCACCCUGGGUAGCUGCAACAUGCAGCCCUGCUACCUGCCACAGCAGGUCCCCAGUAUGCAGGACACUAUGGGAUAUGAUGUCACUCGCCAGUCCUUGCUGACACGUUACAACCCAAACGGCCGUGCCCCAGAUUCUGGUGAUGAAAGGAUACUCCCUGGGAACACCAUGAUCCACAGUACCUCUGGGAAUCACCACAUUCCAUCCACCAAGGACCAUGACAUGAACUUGUUUGCUGUUCGCUGGGAACCCCAGUCACGCUUAUCGGGUUCCCAUCAGCUCGGCUUCUCUCAGGACCCCACUGCAGGGCCUGGCUCUCGGGACUGUCACCAGAGCCCACAUGGCUGCUGUCCAGAUGGGCACACUCCAGCUUCAGGCCCUUUGGGGAGAGGCUGCCCUUUCAGCACCUGUCACCAAAACAGUAGGUAUGGGUGCUGCCCUGACGGAGUUUCAGCUGCCCAGGGUCCAAACAACAUGGGAUGCCCACAAUAUUACCGUGACAUUCAAAUGAGCCAAAAUCAUCCCACUGUGGCCACUCCAACAGCAAGCCAAGCCUUGUCCCAGCAGCAUCCCUCGGGCGAGUGCCGCAGUUCCAUGUACGGCUGCUGUUUUGACAAUGUCGCUUCAGCUUCAGGUCCUCGAGGGGAAGGAUGUCUCAAUAGGCCCAACUACCCGUACCCUGUGAUAUGCCUGCUGCCCAGUGCUCAUGGCCCCUGCACAAACUGGACCACUCACUGGUACUUUGUGAGUGUUGUUGGCAAGUGCAACCGAUUUUGGUAUGGUGGCUGUCAUGGCAAUAAAAACAGCUUUGCCUCGGAAGAGGAGUGCAUGAGAGUGUGCCACAACUCUGUGGGGGUCAGUCGUCUGGAGCACCAGCCCUCUUCUGGCACAGGAGCCCUGCAGCGCCAGCAGACUGGCUCCUACUCUCCUACAGGGGAUGCUGAGGGUCAGCAGCAAUCGCCCACAAGACAGUCUGCAAGUCACAGCCAAGAAGGAAGAACCUAUGGGGCUUCACACCCUACACGAGGCAGCCGCAGACAGGACAGCUGGAGAAGUGAGGUGCUGUCAGAGUCCUCGCCAAGGACUGGUAUAUUGGAGAGCCAGCGCUGGAACACACGGCAAAGCAGGUUGGACAGCCUGAGCCAGCUGCACUUGCGGGAAACAGCAGUGCCUGGGCCCUCAGAGAGCCAGAGCAGCAGUGGCCAGCAGGUGCCCCGUGAAGGCAAGCAGUGGCAUAAGGCUUUUGGAGCAGGUGUUUCCAUGACGGAGAGAUUUGGGCACCAGGAGUCUGCAGACUUGUUCCCAGCACAGGCUCUACACAGAACAAUCUUGGAGGAAGCCAAGCCCUCUCUUGUGACAGCAGUUGUGGGACAAAACAUCCAGCUGGUCUGCAAAACAGGCAUGUCCCCGCUCUCCAGAGUGGAGUGGAUGAAGAACAGCCGACCAGUCUCCUCUGACAGGCACACCUACCAGUCUGACAGCUCCUUAGUGAUCAGCCACGUCAAGCCAGAGGAUGCUGGGAUGUACACAUGCCUCACUUCUGAUGCGAAGAAGACAGAGAGCCGACAGAUUCAGUUACAGAUCACAGAGUACCAGAGCACUGUUCUGGCAGAGGGUGAGAGAGGUCGGGUCCGUCACAAGGAAAAUCAGCAGCUUCGAGAGUUAUCCAGAGGCAGGAAAGUUGUACAUGCAGCCGGGUCCCCUGUGCAGCAGCAAUUCACAUACAGGUUGAGAAUGGAUAAGAGUGAGCCCACAGUAGUGGAGGCCAGUGUUGGGGAGAGAGUCAGACUGCCCUGCACAGUGGAAGCAUCACCCACUCUCACCAUUGAGUGGCAGAAAGAUGGGCAGCCCCUCUCCUCUCCCAGACACAGGCAGCAGUCAGAUGGGGCCCUGGUGAUCAGCCGGGUCAGCCCUGAAGAUCUCGGCUUCUUUACCUGUGUUGCCUCGAAUGGACGUGACCUGGACCAGCGCCAGGUCCUGUUCCGACCCCUAGGAGAGCUGAGGAUCACUGGUCUUCUGCCAAGCAUCAUGGUACCCGAAGGAGGUACUGCUCAGCUUCAUUGUACAGUGACUGGCAACAACGUGAAUAUAAGGUGGUCAAGGAACGGAGUCCCCAUGCGGGGGGAUGGCCACCACAUCCACCUGUCCCAGGAUGGAAGCCUGAUCAUAAGCAACGUCCAAGAGGCUGAUGAGGGAUCCUACACAUGCAGUGCCUACAGCAGGAGUAACUCUGUCAGUGCCAGCACGGAGGUGAAAGUGCUGAGGAACAGGCCUAGCACUACUACGAGUCAUGUUGUGGAUCUGAGUAGAGAGUGCGUGGACCAGCCCCACCUCGCCAACUGUGACCUGAUCCUGCAGGCCCAGCUCUGUGGUAAUGAAUACUACUCCAGCUUCUGCUGUGCCAGCUGUGCUCGCCACCGACCGCAGGCCAGCGCACCGCAUCACCGCGGGUGACAGGCACCCCCACGGCCAAGUACAGGUGACCCAGGACGAGGCUGGAAGUCUGAACUCUGUUCUUUGACUGCAUGUGACUGUUCUGGGAGCUCCGCGCUGCUGCUCAAGAGGGUGAAUUGAACAGUGUGUAGUGGGUGUAAAGGUUCAAAUGUGGGAGAACCACUACCCUCAAGUUUAUUGUAAACUCCUUUUCCCCCCUGUGUGCCUUGCUGUACCUAAUCCAUCUAUUCAGGGUAGUUGCUGUCAUUCACAUAACAAGAUAAUAUUGGGAAAGUAAGGAUGAUGUGACUAGAGAAAGCAGAUAACCAGCAUGAAAGAGGGAGACACCAAUUCUUUAUACAAGCAAGAGAGAGAAGAGCUCUUAAAAAAAUAAUCUCUGAAGUGUUUGAAGUUGGGCCUGAACCACCUUAACCAAAGCACUAAUGAGCAAUGAACAUUUGUAAUCCUGAGAAGUGCUUUCCAUCUAAAUGCAAACAGCUAAAUGAGAGACAGCUGGAUGCAUAUAAAAUUAGUGUUUGGGUUCCAGGGGCUUACUAGCUCUGGGGUUGCAGCUGCAAUGUCAGGUUACUGUAGCUGUUUUAUUCCAGUAGACUUUAGACAAAUUUCUAGUAGGGUCAGUUUGGUUUCUACUUGACUAUAAUCAGCUUUGGAAUGAAACACAGGAGCAGUGCUUCACAGAAAGACAAAACAGAAAAAUACUUCUAGCCCUUCGUGAAUGUAAGGGGUAAUUUAGAUGAAUAUGCCAACACUGUUAGCUGUUCUGAGAUGCUGCAGUUUAAAUAUCACUCAUUCUAGGAAGGCUCAACACAAAUAAUUUUUUUCCUCAAACCAGAACUGUGCUGUUCAAUUUAUCGCAAAACUGGGGUCAGUGGUAGCACUGCACUGAGUUUCAGCUUGGAGGAAACAAAUAGUAUACACAUAGAAAUACAUGUGUAGGUGCAUUUGACUUGACAGAAUAAACCUCCCAAUGAUCUGCUGUAGUCUCAGUUGAGUCCUGGAUGGCCUGGCUUUCCAGGAAAAAGUUAGUUGUCAGGGAAGGCCUGGUUCUGCAUGUGGCCUGGGCUGAUGCCUGCUGCUAUGGGCUAACAAGCUAGGACUUCCAGAUGCACAGUAGCUGUAGCUGAAAAGUAUCCUUCAUUUCAAGACUGACAAGGAUGAGGCUCUGAAAGUCUCAGGCGGAAGGUGAGAUUAUAUAAUUAUAUUCCUGUUAAACCAGGAAAGGCCCUUGGGCAUCUUCAGUAUCUCAAAGUGGAAUUAUUUCUGAGCAAAAGCAUUUUUUUUACAGCUUCCACACUAUUGUUUUACCCAAGCAUCAGCCCUGACACUCCCCUUCUUCCUCAUUCCAAACUCCCUGCUGAGACUUGGAUGGGUUGACCACACUAAUUAGCAUCAUUACCCAUGUAUUAUUUGCAUAGAUGUAGCUACAAAUUAGGAGACUGGUGUGUAGAUGCUGAUGUUUUGUUUGGGGGGGUGGUGGAUGGGUUUUUUUUACUUUUAUCUUCUACUUGUGUUACUUUAAGACUUCUAAGGAAGCAGCUAAUUCAGGACUGUGCUCACACCACACUCCUUCAGUCCCAACUCAGUACCCAUCAGAGCAGCAGCAAUAUACAGGUGUAAAUCCUCAGGCUGACAGCCUAAAGCUGGUCUGUACUCUAAGUCCAGUAAAUCAGUUUGGAUGAACCUAAAAAUAAGAAUUACUGACCUGAUGAUUGCACUCUCAUUGGCACAGGUGUGGCUUUAGGACUGAACACACUGCUUAAAGAUGUGAACAAAACUGAGAAGGCUAGAAGCAAUCCAGUACAGGAGUGAGAGGUGACAGUCACACAGCUAUUUGGGGCUGGGUCUCUCCCUGUGGUCUGACAGAUUCUGUUUGCUAGAGAAAAUACUUAUUUUGCAGUUAAGACCCUUUAAUUUGAUCAGGGAAAACUUCCUCUGCUGUAAUGGAGGGCAAGUGUUACAGUUAAGUUUCGAAGUAGAAAUCACUGGCUAUUUAAGAACAAUGAGAUAGUCCUGAAAAUUUCAAACUGUGUUUGUACAUAUUUUUGCAUUUCACAGCUCAGACCAGCACCUUUUUGUGUAUUUAGGAUAUUAUAGUAGGAUUUUGUCUUUUGAGACCAGAGGACUAAUCACAGACGCUGUAAAUUCCAGUCUUAUUGAAGCCCUCAGUUUAUAUGUGACAGGCAUCCACGGGUAGUCAAGGGCUGCAAACCUGCUCAGGGGCAUGGUUAGAAGGUGUAUCAAGACUCUUGUCCCAGCGUUAAGUAGUCAGUUCUAUAAAAUUCCUUUCUACUAUGUCAGAUGCACUAUUUUUAGAGUAUUUAAAUAUUCUCUGUAGUCAGCUAUCAUUUAAGCUGUGUGGUUACAAAAGAUGGGGUCAGAAAGCGCUUUCUCAAGACUUAUGAGGGCUGCAACAGCCCCCUGCAUUCUGAUAGCCAGGACUUUGACACUGAAAAUGCUUUGUUUAGGGGAGAGUUUAUUCUGACCUCCUUUCAGCUGCAUAACCAUGGCAGGAAGGAUGAGAUUGGCAGGCAUGCAGUUCCCUGCUUUAAAUACAUGCCAUCACUGUAAAAGUUAUCUAAAGGGUCUUUACAUUUCUUCUAUUUGACAAGAUGAGCUUCUCCCUCUCUAUAGUACCACUUACUUAACCACUUGACUCAAUGUUUACUUUUUUUAUCCAAGAAUCAAGAUGUUAAUUUUCUUCCCUAAACAAUGGAUUGUAGGAAGUUCUUAUCUCUAGGGCAGGAGAAGGGUGUAGCUAUACUGGGCUAUUUUCAGCUAUCUUGGGGCACUUACUGUGAAAGAUAUGAAACUAACAGAACAACUUAUAGCUACUCUAUUUCCUACUAUAAAUGUCUACAACUAUGUUAGCUUUUUGGAAGCUGAAAAAAGCAUUAAUACCAAGUCAAAUACCAUAGGGAGUGUUUCCAUUUCUAUUCAUAUCAUACUGAGAACAGGUAAAAAUCUGUAAAGUAAAAAGUCACCGAUUUUUAGACUGUGUCACUGUGUGACUCACUGUACUUGCCUGGAAAUGGAAGCUGCUGGCAAGCUCCAAUACAAGGGGCAGACAAAGGAAGCAUUUCUUCCCCUUCGCGUUACGGAGUCUGACUUCUCCUUGUGUCUAGACUGACAUGGUGCCCAUAAGAAUGCAGUGAGAACCAGUCAUACUAACAGGGUAGAUAUGAGCUCACUGGAAGAACAGAAAAAGAGUGAAAACACACCAUCAUCUCAUAGGGCUCCUUUUAGUAGUAGGGAAAAGAAAAACAAAGCGAGUUUUCCUCUUUGCCCUUACUAAAUGUUAAUGUCCUCUUAUUUGUCUCUCUGUAAAUAUUCAGUGACAGAAAAUGCAGUGAUGCAAACCUAGGAUCUGAUGUUAUCAGUAACGGCCUCCAUUUUAGAGCUUCAUAUGGUUAUUGGUCACAAGGAUAUUUUGCAAGUUCAGUCUUAAAGUUCAAGGUAACCUUACAUUGUAAUAAACAAGAGGUGUUAAGAUUAUUCUUAAGCUUUUAGGUUGGCAAGCAGGGCUUACCUAUAUUCACCUAACAACACAGAAGAUACCCAGAAGGGCAAAUACUGAAAACUGAAUCAGGGUGGGAAAUAAAACUUUCACAGACAGUGCUUCUACCACCAACAUUUAUUUCUGUUAAAGCAGAUUAUAAAUCAUCAGUACAAAUAUAUAUAACUUACAUUUGCUUGUAAGGCCAAAGUUUAAAAGUAAAGUUAAAAUGAGAUGGUUUUCACAAGUCACCAGAGGCAGAACCUGGACCAGCUGCAGCCUUAACCACAAGGUUUCACAAAUCAGUGGGAAAAAACAAAACCAAAGUUAAAAACUGCUAAGAACUAUUGACAGACAAACAUAAAAUGGUUUCCCAGGCAGUCCCAGGAUAUAGAUAUGAUUACAGUAAGUUGUCACAGUAGUGUUAGAACCAAGAGAUUAAGACAAAGAAACUGCAGCAAUAUAUGAAAGGAAAAAACCAUACUAUAUAGAAUAUGUAGACUGAUUCCAAUAAAAAACAGUAAGUUUUCCCCAUGGUUUUCGAACCAUGACAAUACUGUUCUUUAAUUUUCUUUGUUUAAAACUACGAUAUAAUGACUUAUUGGUUGUGAUUGUUGUUGCAAUAUGCUACUUACAAUGAACAGAUACAAGAACAAGCUAGAGCCCCUUUUUCCACCCCCCCAAUAUUACUUACAAUAAGAAUCAGAGAUAAAUCAAUCUUAUGUACAAUUUCUUACAUCCAACCCCCAUUUUUUUAACCUUUGGCAAGAUUACUUACAACUCAUACAGCUUUUAAUAUCCAACUAUUUAAAAUAUUCUAAAUGCAUAAAAAUAAAGAUUUUGGCUUUACUUUAUUCUUUACAUAUAAUAUUCACUUUGUUACUCAAAAUGGAAGCUCAACUUUUUCCACAAACCUAGCUUUUGCUAAGGUGACAACAUCCCAUCCAUAUCCACCCCCCCCACCCUACCCCAUUUUUCCCUGAGGGGGAACAUCCAGGACUUGCAGGGCAUCAGAAGGACACAGGUACAAAAAUCUGCCUUCCUUUCUGUGUGAGAUGAUUGAUGUUUCUGCAGAACAGGCUUUGGGACUGGGUGCCUUUAUUUCCUCCAUUCAACUUCCAGCUUUCCAAGUGAGGAGGGAAUGCAGACUGGGGUGACUCCAGGAUUCUUUUUAAGAACUGCACAUUAAAUUCUCUGUAUGUUUAUGUCCUCCCCAUAAUGCUCCCUCUUUCUAACCCAUAUUUGUUUUAAGGGACCUUUGGGAUUAUCAAAGCAAACUGAUCAGAAACAGUCCCCUUUGCUCCCUUUAUCCCUCUAUCCUAAUGUACAAUUUAUCCAUCUCCCCCAUAGGACUGCUUAAAGUUCAAUCUCAAAUGUCUUCUGUAAAUCGCUCGAGAAGGGGUUAGUUGGGGAGGGAUUAGUGCGCUGUUUUGCCUUGCUCUCUAGUGCUGCCCACUGUGCUUCAAAUGCGUCUACCUGUGGAGCAGCCACGGGGGGCUGGGAAUGCUUGUCCUCGGCAGCCCACUUCCCACCGUCGACUCCGUUGAAAGCUGCGGAGCCGUUGUGCUGCGCGGGGGGGUUGAAGAAAGGACUGGCUGUGGCGCUGCUGCUGCUUUCGUACUGCGGGAGCGUCUGCUGUUUGACGAGACUGGGGGACUGAUGCGGGUGGGCUGCUGGAGUGUGGCUUGCAGUACCAAAGACGUUGGCUACCAUCUGGGAAGGUGUGAUUCCAACCACAGGGACGCUUGGGGCUGUAUAGGUCAUCCCAUUUGCUACAGCGUAGGGCUGAGCUGGAAUAAAUGCUGGCUGCAUGGGCGGUACCACACCCACCGGCACAGGCUGAGGUGCGAUGAAGGUGCUGACUGGGAAGGCUGGUGCUGACUGGGAAGCUGGAGCUGCUGGAGGAGGCUGGAGCAGUGGCUGUGGGGCUGGGGCUGAGGUUGGCUGCUGUUGGGCUCUCACAGUCUUUGAGACCUCUUCCAACCAGCGGUCUGCCUCUGAGGGAGUACGUCUGUGAUUUCCUUGGAAGAGACUUGGUGAGGCGGCACCUGAGGAGGUGCUGCUCCAUUCAGUGCCUGGGAAGAAAAGCAUGGGCAAGUCACUGAUAUUUCCACUCCUCACUCUUUUAUAAGUUAGAAAGGCUGGAGGGUAUACACAAGGACAGACAGGCCUCCUCCCACCAUGACUGAAAGAUGCUACCAACACUGGAAGCAUAUUUAUGCAUCCACUGCACUGUUCUGUUCUAGGAAGACAUUUAUCAAGAAGGGGUAGACAAGAGCUUUUUAGCUAAAAUGCAGAUUUAUGGGUAUUUUUCUUCAUAGGAGACAUCUAAAACCUUAGGGCACGCAGAAGAGCAUGCAGUUAUGAGCCUGCACUCAUAACUUGGUGGCAGUGAUCUAGUCCAUAACCACUAGUUCAUCUGACUGGGGAGUAUCAGUUGCUGAAUGUACAGCCAGGACUGGUGGACUUACAACACAAAGCUAUAGAAACUGUUUUAAAGACGAAGUCUGGUGCUCUUACGAGGCCAAGCAGAACCUACUACUUCACUAGCAAAGUUUCUCUUGUCAAGUGGCUCUUACACCAGGAAAUUAUGUUAGUUAAGACUGUAGCCUGCUACAACACAUGUCCACAGGGGUGGCAGCCAUUUCAGGCACCUCCCUACACCGUGUAUAACUGCAGACAAGGCCUGGAGGAACAGACUAAACUUACUAAACAGGGGAAAUGAAUCUCCAAAGCCUUUAAGGACCCAACUUAAUCCCUCCUUAUGUACAUUAGUGGAAAGAAUACACAAAAAUUAAUUUGGGUACACAUCGAUUCUUUCCCCUUCAUACACACACACACAUACGCAACUUCAUUACUUCCUUUUUAAGCACUGAAUUUUCUAAAAUGCUGCCAAAAUAAGAAUCAGUCCAAAUUAUAGACCCAGAACCAGCAAGUUCAUCGCUUCCCUCCAUCCACUCGUGCAAAAGGCUACUACUUCCGUCUUUUGUUCCUGUUCCUUCCACUUGCCAUUAAGUGGCACUGACAGUUGUCUCAAGGGCUUAAUUAUGCUUUUGAUCCAAGUUCUUAUAGCAGCGCACCGGAUCUACUUCCAAUCUUACCAGUGACCACGGCUGCAGCUCCAGUAUUAGCAGCAGGAGCAUGAGCCCAAGGAUUGGUUUCACGAACUGGCAUAGCUGUGGACACUACAGCAGCUUGGGAUGGUUUAGCAGCAAGCACACAGAAGGCAGAGGCAGUGCCAUUAACUAAAAUGGGAGCAGACAACAUCAGUGCGAUUAAUUCAUGCAAGGCAUGCACGUGACUGGAAUAUUAGUGGGCCAGGUCAUACCUAUCAACAUACAACAAUUUUAGACACUUCCACAUGACAGCAGUUUGUGUAAAUUAGCCAAACUGGACUGACAGUCAAUAAAAGUAGUAAAUUCCAUUUCACCAAGCCAACACUUGUGAAGAGAAUUGUGGGAUUGAGAAUUAAUUAUGUAUUUUAAGAGGCCUUGAAUUCUGAUGACCAACGGAGGUUAAAUUUGUUGUUUUUAUAAGGAAGAGAGAGGGUUCAUCAGAAGUUACUGUAUGGUUAAUUUUAGAUUCAAAAGAACACAUUUUAGAUACAAGGUAACAAUAACCACAUUUAACACGGAGUGGUUCUUUUUUCACACAACUUGCAUAAAAGCACAGCAGUGAAGUGAAGAUUAGCAGCUGCUAUGAGUUCUAUUUCUCCACAACUUAUCUAAGAAUUUGUGUAAAAAAUAGUAAUUGUGGUGGCACAAAAUCUCUUCUCUUGUGAGAUUUGCUUCCUAUGACACACAAUUGGUAAGGUUUUUGCAGUUCAGGAGGCAGAAUGUUAAAAUAGCCAUUAUCUCAUGCCAGUCCCUUUUACAGUUAACUAUCGUGUGGUAGGUGCACGAAUUUUUUGUUACAAACAAAACCACAGAAAAACUAAACAGACAGGAUGAAAAAAGCCGGAUGCAUUCACCUAAAAUACUGGUAACAGGACUUGCACAAGAAAUUAAGACCACGUGUUACUGGAAAGCAACAUUUUGUGCGUUCAAGCCUAAUCCAGCGUGACCGCGGCACGCAAAGAAAUCACAAACCUUGAAAGGCAGGAGACUGUGGUGCGACUACUGUCACUGGUUUUGUCAUGGGGGCCGAAGAGAAAGGGUCUUCUGAGGGUGUGCUGAAAGCACUGGUGAUCUGAGAGCACAGGGCACUAAUGCUGUCUGUUUCCCCUUCUACCUCAGGGACUAAAAUGUAAACAGAAUUCAUUAAAUGGGAAGUUUAAAGGAUACAGAAACAAUUUACAAAUACCAAUGUGAAACUGAAAUAUAAUUAGUUCCCUUAUGUCCUAGAUGGUCUUGCUACUGAUUUGGACGACAGCUUUUUUUAAAAUUAGUGUUGACGAUCUGACCUGAAAUAGAACACCACAUUAGUGUAUUUUGUGACUAAGUCAAGAGAGUAAGGAGAUCACCAUUCCAAAUUUAAAGGAUGCUCAUAGCAGAAGUAAAAGGGUUUUCUAUAGCUUUAGUAGAGAUCUAAAUCUUUCAGUAUUAAAGUGCUAAAAAUAUCAAGGAUUUGGUAUUAAGAUUUGGCACUCUGUGAAAUAAAAAUACUUAUGAUAGAUUUAAGUGUUCCAACAACAUACUUCUACAGUAACUACAUGAAGUUUAAAUGUGCUGACAGCAAUGCAGAGCAGCAAGUUAAUUCUGGAGUUAGAAUGUUGAUUGUUCCAGUUCAGCAGUAGCCGAAAUCCCCAGCUCCUGUGCUAGAAUCAUAAAAGCAAAAGCUGAAUGCUCAAAUAAAAUGGACACUCAGUUUUAAACCAAGUAUCAGCAUCAUGUGGAUAAAGUAACAUCUGGAGUAAAGCUGCCAGCUUACCAGAUGUUCUCAUUAUUACUAAUUGCAUUGUUUAUCAAAAGUACCUAUCAUCAGUCCUUUGUUGCACAGAACUGACAUAAGCAGGCAUAAUCAAGCACAAAUAGUGUAAGAAACGUAAAAUGGCUGGACUCAACAUGCACCAUACCUAAAACAUAGGGGGAGGCAUGCCCAAAAAUUGUUUCUUUGAGGGAUAGUCCAAUACAGUGCAUGUAGUGUGACAGUAAGCAGCACUGGCAGUGGCAUAUAUGGAAACAUGCAUCAUAAUUGUUCUGAAUCAUGAAAAAUUCAGAUUGUAGUGUGCUCAUUGAGUAUCACUAGUGAGUAGUGCACUAUUGUUGUAAAACUGAUCAACUCAGUGCUGGUCUUAAAGCACAGGUCACUAAACAAGGAGUCAGAGUAAGUUUUUUUGUUGAGUUUGCCUUUGCCACAAUGAUUUUUACUUCAAAGCUUAGAACCCCAAAACGAGCCCUGUUGCCAAGUGAGAGUACAGCCGGCCUCCAGGAUAACCUAGCUAAGGGAACUCUAGGACAUUAGGCAAGGUACUGAGCAUCCCAGGUGUUUAUGUUGGGAUGACUUUAGAAAACCGCACUACCAUCACGUGGAAACUGUACAACUUAAACAGUUAAGUUUCUUUUAAUGCAAGGUGAAAAGCAAUUUCAUUGUUCUCAGAAAGAAUUCAGACAGGCAGAAGGACAGACAAUCAUCACAUGAUCCUCUGACAAGUGGUUAAGGCCUUGAAGGGAUUUGUCUCUCAGGAUGCCCUGACAGUAAGUGGAAGAACUGGUUCAGUGACUCAGAGGGAAGAGCCAGCACCUACUAAUUCACCAACACCCAUUCCUGGAGCACUUCAAGCUGUGAUCCAGUAUUUCAGACAGUGAUUAGAACAUUUUGUCUUCUGCAUGUGGACAGUUCUUUUGAAAUUCUUGACUAUUUCAAAAGCAGAAUUUUUGUGACAUAGCGAUGUUUGUUCAUGAUAAGUGAUACCACAAAGAAGAAGGAUUUACUAGAAAAUAAGGAGUUAUUUGAAGCCACAGAGAAAGAAAGGAGGAACAGACAAUAUAAGCUAAUGUUUCACUGGAACCAUUUGGUUUUACCUGAGUUUUUCAUGGGAAAAUCGGUCUUCCUUUGCACUGUUGAAGGCAGCUCAUUUAUUCGCAAAGACAACUGGCGUUUAAAAGGAGACAUCUUUUGGCUAAGGGCAGGGAAGCCCCUGAAAGACCCUUGCCUGGCAAGCUGCUCUAUAGGGGCAUGUCUCCGUGGGAUAGCGUGGGGAUUGCUCAUUUCUUUAUCCAGAGAGGCAGCAACUUCAGCAGUAGGAGAGGUUGGUGAGCCAGAAGAGGGGGCAGUAUUGUUUGGUGCAGCACCUGGUGCUACUGUUUUCACUUCUGUUUCAACUGCUGGAGGAAACAGGGUGAGGUUAGAAAAGUAAAGCAAAGUACUGUUCAACUGCCUGCCCCUAUUCCCAUUUGUUUUGAAAAGAGAAAUUCCAAGAAUUUGCAUAACCAGUACUCUACCAAAUGAGUUUCUAAUAGCACAGCAGAAAACUCAGUUCUAUAUAACUCCAUGGCCUCCACCAUGUCACUUUACAUACAUCCAGGCUCCACAGCUCACUAAGGCCACUUCCCAGAAAUGACAGCUUUACAUAUGUAUUCUCUCUAGCUGUUCCUAAGACUCCAGCUCUAAAAAUACUUGCAAUUCAUUUAUGAGUAAGACUAAAAAAUGUACGGUGUGUUUGAGACCUCUACUUUCCAUCACACAUAACCAUGGCCAAAAUAUUACUACAAACUGUAUUAAGUGACUUAGGGUGCCAUAGCUCAGCAGCAACAGGGAACAGAACCCAGCUCUAGCACCUUCUUUCAAAAGCCACCCUGCCAGCCCUGCAGAAUCAGCAGCAGCAGCCAAACACACUGCACAAGCUUUAGCAGGCCAAAGGUAGCAGCAGCACUUAACAAGUUAGACUGCAUUCGGCGCUCAGGCUGCAGUUCCCCAGCUCCUCCAGAAAAUAAUAGAAUAGCAAUGGGGAGUUUUCCAUCUCUAGGAGAACUCUCACUCAUAAAUGAAUUGGCUUUGGGGAUCAUCAACACAGCAGGACAAGGGGAAAUCUCACUAUGCUGGUAUGAACUCUUAUUUUACCUGUAUCGUUUUCCAAACGUUUUAAGAAAAACAAUUACUUUUUUGACAUAUCAGCAGAACAACUAGAAAUCUGGUAAAGAGAGGAGUCAGACUAGAGAUUUCUGAGGAGCUGGAAUGGUAGGAGGAACUAAUUAUGUUGUCUUGCAAGCUUCAGUACCCGUGAGUUGCAGCUGCUCGUUCAAGUGAAACUUUUCUAAUCAGUCUUUCUUGGAAAGGAUUUCACACACCUUCAUUGAGUCAAGAUUUUGACUCAUGCCCUCAAGUAACAAAGGCCUUGUGUUUAAGCUUCAUUUAGCACAUUCUAAAACUAACGUACGGGAACAAGCAGAUGGAUGACGAAAACAAAGAUUAAAGUUUUGCAAUCGAGGGGCAGCAUAAAACUUGCUGUGAAAUCCUCUGAAACAAAAGUUUGACUCCACUGUAAAGAGAGUUAUGAACAAUAUUUAUAAUAUUUAUUUUUUGUUAACUGUAGAACUCCACUACUUAUAAUAAAAACUGUGUAACAAGUUCUACACUUCAGUUUCAGAACACUAACUCCUCUAAAAUCAAUUAGUUAUUAGUUCUGAAUGUAAUUAACAGUGUUACAGUUGUGUGUUUUAUUGGGAAGGGGUGGUUGUUUUGUUCUGUUUUUUUUCAGAAAGCACUCUGUUCUUCCCCCAUGCAGUAUUAUUCUAUACAUACGCUCUGUAAUCUGCCAUAAAAAUAUUUUAAAAAUUACAUUCUUUUCUAAGAAAAAUGCAUUUCAUUUUCUGUUCAUUUACCAUAAGCUUUAGAUGUGUCUGGCAAACUUGUCCUAUUUUUAUAAUAAUUUUGUAAUAAAGCCUUUUAGUAUACUACCUACAGUGUUCUCUGCCAUAAAGCAGGCUGACAAAACAAAGCAGAAGCAGCUUUCACAUAUGAAGCCAUUUGCACCUUUUCUAGAAGGGAUAUGGGAAAAUGUGCUCUGAAUGAAUCUGGGAGCAAUUCUGGCAUCCUGUGAAGCGACAAAAGUCUGGGAAUAUUGUUUGAACAUAGCAAGGUUCAAGAGAGGGAAUGCUCUAAGGAUGUUAAGCCUAAAUCCUUGCACAGGCCUCAGUGCUGGUUUUGCUCGCUAUAGAUGAUUGUUUAAGUUGUAUCUCGUACCUUUAGCAUCCGGCAUCUGUCUCAUAAUUUCCUCUCUCUCUGCUUGUUCAGUAGCUGUAGUGACCCUGAAUGACCCCUCUCUAGUGAAUGUGGUUCUGCUGGCAUCAAAGGUGGCAGUCACUCCACACUCCUUCUCUCGCUUCUGCUUUCGCUCCAGGCAUGCUGCAAAUGCACAGCCCACGGCAUGACUCAACCUUUCCCCCUGCACAAGACAACAUUGCGUCAUACAGUAACUGGAACAGAAACAUCGCAAAGUCAUAACCUGUCUUUAUAAGACGCAUCUAAUUCAGGCAUUAAAGAGAACUACUGUAAUUGGUCGUCUUUAGUAUGGCUCUAAAUUAACCCUGGUAUAUAAAGACACCCAACUACUAAUGCACCAGCCAUGUUCAAGAAGGCCACCCAGGAGUGAAGGAGACUGUUGGAUAACCUGUUUAGUUCAACUGUUACUAAGAUGAUAGUGUGAUAAUGUGCCUGCAUUGAUCGCUUGCCUCUGGAUACAUCUGUGCGCAAAGAAACUCUCCUGAAGCCAUCUUAAGGUGUAAAUCCUGAAGGACAGAUGAGUGCUAUUCUUGGAGCAAGUUUACAGAGGGCUCAGGGAGACACAACCUUUGUGUGUAAGUGUGAAAAUUAAAAGUACAGGGGUGACUACUUACACCUCUUAAUGGCCCUGACCAAAUGCACAAGUUAAGAGUGCCUUCUGAAAAGCACUUCCAUUAUUCACCAGUGAGGUUAAAAGGAUCCACUAUCCAAUAACUGCAAUAAGGAAAGGAAACUCAAGUCAGAGGAAGUCCAGCAACCCAGCUGAUAUGGUGGUGACAGCUCAGUCAGAGGCACUAUUGCUACCAGUAGCUCAACUCAUCUAUCAUAAUCAGUAAGUGAAUUGACCUGUUAUUCACAGAGGAAAAUAGAAAUGUUCCAGCUCUAAUUUAAGUUUUACUGGGAAUUUCUAACUUAAUUGUUAAAAGAGAAACGAUAAAUUGUCAAGUACCACUACUCUGAAUAUGCAGCUCUGUGGAGUUCACACAAUAAAUUUGCAUGAGGUUUCAAGCACUCUGUAUAAUAAAGGCAGGAAUCAACAAAAAGCAGAUAGAGGGAAAGGCCAGAUGACGGAGUUAAAUAACUUACUUAAGUCUACACAGCAAGAAACUGAUAGAGGUAACUUACUUUAAACCUUCCACUCAAAACACCUCUAGAAGCAAAUAGAAUGCUAAUUCAAUUCAGUUUAGCUCCAUUCCUUAAAAUUCGGAUGACUUUUCACUCAAGAAAACAUUUGCGUACAAGAGACUGCAUUCAUAACCAGUCUGUAUUUACUUUAAUUUUAUCCUGGAAAAACUGUCAUUGCUGUUUCAGUUUUUGGCUGUAAAUAUUUUCAGAUGAAAAAAUUUUCCAUCUAUUCUUAGAAGAGUAGUUCCUUUCUGCUGGAGAUAGCUGAGGCUGACUGCAUUCCUUUUAUACACAUGCUAAGCACCAUUUCUCUCCACAAGACGACACCACAGAGCAAUGGCAAAUAAUUCAGAUAUAGGGAAUUAGAACUAAAAUGAUUUUCAAGGAGUAAGUAACAUUCCAGCUGGAGUCAAAACAUAUUGCAGUAUUCCAGGUACUCAAUUUUUCUGACCAUUACUUCUAGCUAUGAGCUAGAAGAGUUGGGCACACACCACAUUAAACUUACCGUGUCCUUCACAGCCAUAAAGCAGUGGCAUAUCCAGCGUCUCGUUGUGCCAUCUCGACAGAUGUAUGAGAACGCCCGGUCAAAGUUCCUGUCUGGUGCGCAGAAAGAAACUUUCUCUAUUGUCUGAUCAACUAUAAGAUCCUAGAGGAAAAAAAUCCCCCCCACAGUAAAAGAAACGUGAGGAAAUAUGGAAAAACACUGAACAAGUAAUUUUUAGUAGUAACUGCACAAAGAUGACUUACAGUAAAAAGAGGGUAACCUAAUCUGGCUAUUAAUUAUCUGUCAACAAAGUAACCAUUCAGAAUCUGUUCCCCUUAAGAAAGAAAAAGAACAGAUCACAUUUUCCAAUAGAUGCCUUUGGUAGAAGUGUGCCAAAGCACCACUUAAGAAUUUAGGGACUCAAACAAUUCCUAUGAUCUCUCUCUAGACUAUGGAAGCACACAUUUUUUUGUUUUGUUUUAUUUUUACAGCAGCUCCAUAGUCAUGCAAUCAAAAAGUCUUUACUGUGCUUAUAACACAAACUGAAACUUGUGGGAAAGGUCUUCAAGUGUGAAAAGGUCUAGCAGCUUCUACAAAAAGAGCAAAAACUGAUCUGCCAACUAGCUAAGCAGCGAUGCAAUGGAAAAGCACCAGCAGCGCUGGUAGUAUCAAACAUCUCUGAUUUAGUCUCAUAGACUGAUAGAAGUGUUUUUAAAAAGGAGAUAGUACAGUUUAAGACUAUGUCAUCUUCAUUAAAAAUUAUUUUAUCAACUUUUUUCAAAAUUGUUUCUUUUGUUUGGUGGCUAGUACUUGGCACCUCUGCUGAUGUAUUGAACCACCAGGAGGCAAUAGUAUAUUCUCUUUUUAAAUUUCACACUUUUAAUUAACGCCAGAGUCUGCACGUCUUAUUAAAAUUCAAGUUGAAAAUAUUACAUAUAUGCAGCAACGUUUCUAAAAAUAACGUAUUAUUACUUUUAAAUGAGGCAAUCAGUAGACUGAGUUCACUCACAUCAGUAUGUUUGUAUUAGAAACUGAAUUCUUGAGAGAUGGCAGUUUUAGCCCUGAUGAAGCAUUCCAUAACAGCAGCCCUGGAGAAGUCUAGCCACAGAGCAGAUAUUUGACAGGCAGUACUGCGGAGGGACAUGAAUUAUCUCUGCCUGCCAGUGCUGGCUUGUAGAAAUAUCUUGUAGGUUGACAAAAGUAAGUGUUUAAUUAUAUGUAUAUAAAGCAAAUUAUUUCAGAUUGACAAGAGUUAAAACUGUUCUGAUAGCCACGUCAUCUUUUAAAAUACUAGAGCACUUGUAGUAGGAAGCCUAAAGCUCUUAUUUCUAAUUGCCUACAUCUACAUAAAGCCAAGAAUCAUUUGCUCUUACUUGCACACAGGUGCCUUGGUGGUACAUACUCUGCUAUUUCACCAAAAAAAAUAUGUAAUUUCACAAUAAAAAAAUUGUAAAAUAAUCUAGAAGGAUGACACAAAUACAUCAGUCUUCCACUUCAGACCAACAGCUUAGAUAUUAGACUUAGAGACUAUCAAAUUUGAUAUACUCAGAUACUAUUUAGCUUGAGUCUGAAGGCACAGCCCCCCUAUUUAAUUUACUCUCUUCAUUGCAUUCUUGGAAGCUCUUGUUCUUUCAGACCCAUUCUAGGAUUUGGAUGCACUGGAAAUUAUAUUGAUUUAUAUAUAUAUUAUAUUGAUUAAUGUGAGUUUGCCUAUGUAUUAUUACUGCAACCUUCUGCAGUGGUGCAGAACAAAGUCAAGGGACUCUCCAAGUUCACUGUCAACAGAACUUACUGGGGAAAAAUAUGUUUUUUUCAGUAAAUGCAACAAAAAAUAUUCCAAGCUUGUGCUACACUUGCCAUGUUUUAUAAAAUGUGUCUUGAGAAUAGUGUGGAAUUAACUGGGAAAAAAAUUAGCAGGCGUACAUAUGUUUACAAAGCAAGAAAUGAUUAAACUAAUUACACACUUCAGUCUUCCUUUCAAAUACCAACAUUUGCAUUAACAUAGAGAUUGGUGUCCAUUUGAAGAUAUAGCACAUACAUUACCAUAGAGAGAUUUAAAACUUUUGCCCAGGGAAAUCUAACCUUUGUUUUCUCGUCUACAACUCUGAGUCCAUCUGCCGAAACCCACAGGACUGCUUUGACGGCCUUCUUCCCAGACUUUCAAGAAAAAAAAAAAAGGAAAGAAAAAAAACAAAAACAAA